AUGCGUCUCUUGCCCUCUCCUGAUCCCGGCGAUAGCACAGACGUCGCUCAAGUCAAGGUCGAUGCGGACCACGAUCUAAAACUCGAUGCACUGGGCCCUAUGGUGGUGAACAGCGAUGGGACGCUAUCCAGAAUAGUUAAUUGGCAGAACAUGACUGAGUUCGAGCGGGAGCGGACCAUGCGUGUGUUGACUGCACGGAAUCAGUAA